GAGUCGCAGAGAACGCUCGAUCCCACACGGCACUCCUUCGUUUCCCCCCUUUCUCCUAGGACGCAAAAAAUGCCGAACAACGACGAAGACCCCUGGUGGGCUCCUGACAAGCUUUACCACCUUCUCUUCUGCUUCUCCCUCACCAUCCUCUUCUCUUCCCUUUCGGCCCGUUCCCGCUACCCGUUCCUCCGCCGCCACUCCAUCUCUGUCGGAUCCAUACUCUCCCUACUCGCCGGUGUCGCUAAGGAGGCAGCUGAUCACCUCGGCUUCUUCCAGUCCUCAGGAGCCUCAGUCAAGGACGCUGUCGCUGAUCUAAUCGGCGUUUUGAUCGCUGAUCUCAUGCUAUUGGUGCUCGGGUUUUCGGGUAGACCCGAACACGAUACAGUCAAGGUCCGAGAAGUCUCGAUUGUUUAAGUGGGUUUUUGGGUCCAGGUAGUUCGUGUGGUCGAGUAUUUUUUCCGAAUGUGUUCGAACGGUGAGUUUGGUUUUGUUCAUGCUUUUGCUGCUCGGCUUCUCGUUCAAUCCGAUCACAACCCGCGUCUGGUCCGAGAGGUGUUGACAGCUUGAAUGCGCUAUAGGGUCCGAAUGGUUCACAGGGUCGGGUAUUUUGUAGAGGUUGUUCGGGUUAUUGAAGAGAUGAAGACUUGUUUGGUUGCGAGUAAGUCUGGGAAAAGGAGAGGAAAAUAUGAGCGAGUUGAAUUUGGACUUUCGCGAUGUCCGUAUAUUUGAAAUUUAGAUAGAACAAAAGGCUUCAUUUUUAAGUGAAGGAUUUACGAGUGUUGGACAUAAUUCAGAUUCCAAGUUUCUGUUUUUGCUAUGUUUGGUUGCUGAGAGACGCAGGAAUACUAAAAAAUAAUAAUUUUUGGAUUUUGCAUAAUUUGGACAUGAUAGAGGGCAAUGAGAAAAAUGCAGCUAUUGGGAUUAAUUGAGGUCUGACGACUGUAUUGUUGAUUAGUCACCUUCUGAAACUCCUUGUUGUGGAAGGCUUUUCAUGAUUAUCACCAUCUUCUUCUGGCAGCUUGACAGCAGAGUAGGUUCCUGCCCCACACAGCGCCCCGAGGAUGGGAGCACUGAGGUACACCCAUAUGGCUUUGUAGUUGUUCGCCGCAAUCGCUGGCCCUAGUGUUCUCACCGGAUUCAUUGAACCUCCUGUUGUUGGCCUAUAAGAUACCACAAAAGAAAAUAUCUCAAUAGAUCAUCCGAAGUAUUGUGCUUGAAAUUUUUAGGCAAUCAACAUCCCUUUAAAUUGCAUUACUGGAAAAAAAAAAAAAAAAGGAUCUUGCGUUUGUGACAUUGAGGGUAGCUAAAUAAGGUGUUUUCCUCUUACGUAAUAAUGAUGGUGUUUUUCCUUU